AAGUUUGGUUUAGGAGAAGAGAAUGACAUACAGUCUUAUAAAUAUUAUCAUUAUUCAGUGUCAGGCUUAGGGUUUUGGGAAUCGAUGGAAGGGAGAAGUGACGUGGACGCAGCAGCGGACCGAAUUUCCAAAUUGCCAGAGCCAAUUUUGCAGCAUAUCUUGUAUUUUCUUCUUGCUAAAGAUGCCGCUCGAAUGAGUACAUUGUCUAAGGUUUGGGAUAGUGCUUGGAAUUCACUCUCCUACUUAAAUUUUGGUGAUAAGUUCCUUAAGUCAGAAGACAUGCCAAGGCUCGUCAAUGUUGUGAAUCAAUCUCUAGCAAAUAGGCAAAAGCACAAGAUUUCCAUGCAAAAGUUCUCUCUAGGAUUACCACAUCAUCGUUGGCUUUCUUAUGUCGAUGAUUGGAUUAAGAUACUCAUAGCUUGUAAUAUCAAAGAGUUGAAUCUAAGAGUAAGCAGACCUAUUUAUGAAGGCAAACUCGAAUACAACAGCUUGCCCGAGGCAAUCUUUGCUGCCAAAGCACUAAAUGUGCUGCGUUUGGAUGGAUUUAAGAUUGAAUUGCCUUCUGAUGGUAUAAAGUUUUCAUCUUUGCGAGAGUUGCGCCUCUCUGACGUAUUUUUGAACGAGGAAUUUAUUCAGGCUCUGUGCACAAGCUGCUGCAAUUUAGAGGAUUUGUAUUUGCAGAACUUUGAUGGACUUGCCAGUUUUCAAGUUGGUAAUACUUCUUUACCUAAACUGAAAAAGGUAAACUUGGAAUUUUGCCCUUUUGUAUUCCAAUUGGUUGAUAUUGCAGCUAUUAAUCUUGAAGACCUUAAGAUCGACAGCCUUCAUGGGAAUCUAAAGGUAGUUAAAAUAACUGCUUGCAAAGCCCUCAAGACGUUGUACCUCAAUUGCGUUGCUGUCACUGAUGAAUGAUUAGAGAGCCUUUUUUCCAGUCUACCCAACCUUGAAAUCUUUAAAUUAUUCAGUUGCGAGACAUUGAAAAACAUGAAGAUCACGAUUGAUAGGCUCAAAUGGCUGAUGGCCUCACGGUGUGAUAAUCUGAUUGCUGUUGAAUUGGACACUCCUAAUUUAAUAAAGUUCCAAUACAAUUGUCAUCCAUUGUCAACAUUCAAAUUGAAAGCUUCAGUUUUGCUGGAAGUCACUAUCUGCUUGUUCCCAGAAACUGACGACAAUCAUUGGCACUCUAAGUUCACGAAAUUUCUUGCUAACUUCAAUCAUUCCAAGGCUAUUGAAUUGUCG